AUGAAAGUCUCAGUUCUUGUUCCGGCCCUUCUCGGUCUAGCGGCUUCUGUACAAGCGGUAAACAUCGAAUAUACAACCGUGAAAGGCUUCUUUCUGCAGGACGAGACAUCGACUGACCCCUCAACCUUUGACUAUACUGCAGUCAAUUUUGGCCUGAUCAAUCGCACUUACCCCACUGAUCAUUUGCUUAAGCACCUGAGUGACUAUAACACCCUGACACAAUGGGAGCGCUUCUAUCACCAGGUUCGGGAGCUCAAUGAAUGGUCUCCUAGGGAUGUGGAGUACAAAGUCCUCUUCCUGGGUCGUCACGGUGAAGGAUGGCAUAAUGCCGCCGAGUCCUACUACGGCACUCCAGCCUGGAAUUGCUACUGGGCUGAGCUCAACGGCAACAGUUCCGCCACCUGGUUCGACGCAUCCCUCACCAAUAACGGCAUUGCACAAGCUCUGACAGCCCACACCUUCUGGCAAAAAGAGAUCGACGAGCAACGCAUCCACACCCCGGACAACUACUUCGUCAGCCCACUUCUCCGCACCCUCCAAACUGCUAAUCUCACAUUCACCGGUCUUUCUCUCCCAAAGGGCAGCGCCGCCUUCAACCCCACCAUCAAAGAACUCUUCCGUGAAGGAAUAAGCAUCCACACCUGCGACCACCGCCACAACCGCAGCACCAUCCACUCCCUCUUCCCCUCCUGGCCCAUCGAACCAGGCUUCAGCGAAGAAGACGAGUUAUGGAACGGCGUCACAGCCGAAACCAGCGAUGCGCAGGACGCGCGCAGUGCUAAGGCCCUCGGCGAAGUCUUCUUCACCUCCGCCUCAUCAAAGAAGGACAUGUUUGUAUCAGUCACGUCCCACUCGGGUGAAAUCUCGUCCAUCCUCCGAGUCAUCGGCCACCGGGCCUUCAGCCUGAACACCGGCGCGAUUAUUCCUGUUCUGAUUCGGGCAAAGAAGCAGGGGGAUCAGCAUGCUACUACUUCGUCGGUGCCGUGGACGGUCAGCGCGCAUUGUACCGUGCCACCGGUUACUUCGGCUUCCGCAUGUGUAUGUCCAAGCAGCGCGGCGCCAGUGACGACUCUUCUUUCCGCUUGA